AUGGAUCAGCCGUUUGAUCCUACUACAUUGAAAGUAAAUGAUUUGCGCGAUGAGUUGAAGCGACGCAGGCUUAAUCCCAUAGGAACUAAAGCUGUACUUUUGCAGCGUCUUUCUAAGGUGCUUGAUGGAGAGGGGAAAACGCUUCAGGACUUCGCCAAGUCGCUUGUUGAAGGCAAUAAUCCUACUCAAGAGUUAGUAAAAGUUGUCGAAGCUGAUAGCGUCGUCACUCUUGAGGAGAAUCCUACGACUUGUACCAAUGGUGACUCAGCUGCAAGCGUCAAUGAGGUACCUGUAUCGCAAAGUCCCGUUUCACUGGUUCCUGUGUCUAAAACAGAGGAUCCUUCGACUGAGGAAACUUCCCUCAAACAAAUCGAAACAUCGAUCGAACCUUCUGCCCAGCAUACUGACGAAUGUGGUGCUUCGGAUGAUCAUCUCCUUGAAGAGAAGGCCGUUCCUAUGGAUCCUAAAGACUUGCAUUCUAUAAGUGAAGGGGGACCUUUGGAAGAUAUGAGUCAUACUGAACUCCGAGACUGCUCCAGUGAAAGGGAUCGUUCGUCGGAUCGAGAUCCUUCUAGAGAGCGGGAUUCGUCGAGGGAGAGGAGUAGGCAUAGAUCUCGAGAUCGCAACUACUCUCGUGAACGAGAUCGCUCGCGAGGUUACGAUCAUUCUCUGGAUCGGGAGAAGCGUAGAACACCACCUCGUCGGGCAUGUGAGCAGAUCGUCGUAGUAGAGGAUGAGGCUGAUGACUGGGAGAAGAGAGAGGAUAUAUUUCUUGAUAUGUACAACUCAGAUAUCAGCUUGAUCAUUUCUCGAGAUGGAUAUUCUGCAAAGCCGCUAACAGAUGAGGGUUUUUCGCUCAUGUGGGCUGGGGCGCGAACCAAUUACGGCAUUAAAGAUGGGAAGUGUUUUUUUGAGGUAAAAGUUGGCAAAGAGCUGCUUGUCGAUGGUUCGGAGUCACUUGUCGGUGGAGCUACACACGUACUCCGUGUUGGCUGGUCAACAGCGAAUUCAGGACUUGCCCUUGGGGAGGAGGCAAACACCUAUGGGUACGGUGGAACGGCUAAGAAAUCUACUGAUGGUAAAUUUGAGGAUUACGGCUGCGAGUUCAGGGAAGGAGACGUUGUUGGUGCAUUCCUUGAGAUCACAGAUUCUGAAGCAGUCAUGAGUUUCCGCGUCAACGGUGCAGAUCAAGGAGAGUGUUUUCGUAUUUUAAAAUCGUCCCUCUUCGGUGAUUUCGCCCUAUUUCCUCAUGUUUACGUUAAAAAUGUCGACUUCACUGUCAACUUCGGGCAAGAAAGUCAAGGCGCUUGGUUCCCGCCACCGGAUGGUUCCGAUUCCUGGAACUUGGUAAACCAGGUUCCUCUAAAGGAUCGCACUCGUGCUGGGUUACCACCGACAUCGAAGGCUGAGUGCGAAGCUAUCAUGAUGGUUGGCUUACCCGGUUCAGGGAAAACCGUCUAUGCUAACAAUUUAUGCAAAAUGAAACCAGAAAAGCAAUACAAUAUUCUUGGAACUAACUUAAUCCUUGACAAAAUGAAGGUCACUGGAUUGGCCAGAAAACGAAACUACCAUGGUCGAUGGGACGCUCUUAUUGAUAAAGCCAACCAAUGCCUUAAUAAGCUUAUAUCAAUCGCAUGCAAACGUAGACGGAAUUACAUACUCGAUCAGGUUCGUCUUGACGCCUUUCAAGAAUGCACCUUUUCACGGCGUAAAAUGCGCCCUUUCGAGGGUUUUCAACGCAGGGCGAUUGUUAUCGUACCCACGGAUGAAGAAUUCAAGCGCAGGAUUGAUCAGCGAGCAAAGGAGGAAGGAAAGGAAGUUCCAGAGAAAGCUGUGCUCGAAAUGAAAGCUAACUUUGAAAUUCCCAAGUCGAUUGUGGAAGAUCCCUCAAGCGUGUUUGAUGAAGUGGUGUUUACGGAACUGCAACGCGACGAAGCUGAGAAGCUGGUAAAACAGUACAACGCUGAAGGGAAGGCUAGUCGCCAGGCCGAAAAACGACAUCGCACGGAUUCAUCCAGCCAUAGGGACUACUCAAGUAGCCGCCAUGGUGAUCAUCGUGAGUAUCAUCAUCGAGAUCAUCGUUCACGGUUCGAUGGCUACGGUCGCUCUUCGGGCCGUGGUGAAUAUGAUCGGCGGGAUUCUCGUGGGAGUGGUCGGUUUGAUUACCGCACCGAUCGUGGCACUGGUGGAGAUCGAGGUAGGUUUGGCCCUCGCUACCGCGACGAAGGACGUGAAUAUGGAAAUCGUGAAGGCGGUCGGUAUGGUGGUAAUGGCCGCUUCGACAACGAUAGCGAUUAUCGUAGCAGAGGGCGCGGUUCCUACAGUGGUGGUGCCGGAGGUGGGACCUUUCAGAGAAGCCCACGUGGUAGAGGAGGAGGUUUUGGUGGUGCACCUUUUCCUCCUGAUCGCUCCUCUUACUCAGGAACCCAGUAUGAUCAAUACGGCUCCGAUAGACCUCCUCACUUUAAUCGCGGUGGAUAUCGUGAAGGGGGAAAUGACGAUGGAGGUAACGAUGGGUACCAGAGAAGCAACACGGGCAGCCGUGGUGCAGGCUAUGGGACUUACGGCAGUGCGGCGUAUGGUUACUAUCCGACUGGCGAAAGGAGACGGUACGAACAAAUCGGGGACUCGUCUGGUGGACCGCCCCCCGCUAAGCAACCAGCUGUUGGGGAAGGGCAGUACCAUGGAGGCUUCCAAGAUGAUGUUUACUUUAAUUGGAAUCUCAAACGUAAAGUAUACGCUUUUUCAGGCGGUAAUUACAGGGGUGGGUUUCGUGGAGGUCGUGGUACUGGUGGUGACAGAGGUGCCCCGUUUGGUGGUCCACGUGGUGGCAGUUACUCCCAGGUUUCUCAGGGACCUCUUUCGAGGUCGUCUAUUUCAACUUAUUCUGGUUCUUACUAUGGAUCUUACGGUCAGCAACAACAGCAGCAGCAAAGUUUGCCUAAAGGAAAUGAUGGCACCUCUACCACUUAUCCAGGCAGUGGCUUUGGUCGCGGAGACGAUUAUCAAAAGCCUCAACAACGUGGAAACAGCGCCUUUGGUGGAAAUGGACGUCCAUCCAGAUUUAGUUCAGCUGCUCCUGAUGAUUUGUUGCAGCGAGAUUCAACUUCCUCUCAAGCUCUUGCUUCGCGGUAUAGAUCCAACUACACUUCGUCCCAAGGUUACGAGGGUGAAAAGGAUACCCAAAGUCAGCAAUCUCGUUCGCGCUAUGAUCAGGGAGGUUCGCUAGCACAGCAAAACCAAGGCGUAUACAGCGGCGGUGGUAGUGGUUACAACCAGCAAAGUGGGGGAAGGCAGCCUCCAUCGACCACGGGUCUUAAUCAAGAUUAUGGCUAUAAUUACAACCGGCAUCAGCCAGGUGGUGUUCAGCCGUCUUCUCAGAAGGUGCAGCAGAGCUACGGUAGUGAUUUUGCAAGUCAGGGAGCCAGUCGACAGCAACAAAAGUCUUCGCAGCCGGGAGGCUAUGGUGGUAGUUAUGGCGGCGGUGGUAGUAAUUAUGGACGUCAGCGACCACAGACAGUGGAUCCCUUGGAGAGGUACUAUAAAGGGUAUGGUGAUGAUAAACUCGGCCGCGGAUUCGACAAGUCAGGCCAGCAGCAGACUUAUGAUAAUGAUACCUACGGUCAACGAGUCAGCGAUUUGGCAAGCGCCAGUACCCAGAAAUUUCAGCUUGGCUACGGGGGCGACUUUCAAAGUGGGAAAGCACAAUCAAAACACGGUCAGGAGUCUCAAGGGAUGCUCGGAGUAAUUUCGAAGGGGCAUGCAAUUUUAGGUAUGACUAAGCAGAGACCGUCGUUGUUUCAGGAUUACGGAAGUGAUCUAUAUUGCCAACAAGGCGGCAACUCGUCUAGUCAGGGUCAGCAGAGUUAUUCUGGUUACGGUCAACAAGGGACGCCUACGAAACCUGGACAACCAUUCCAACAGGGUUUUGACUCGGGUGGUUACAAUCAACGACCCAGUGGACAUUUAAAAGUUGGACAGCCAUCGCAGAGGUACGGGGGAGAAGGUGGUGGCGGUGCUGCAGGAAGCUACGGUCAGCAGACCUCUGCUUCAUCCAAAUCUGACCCUCGGAGCUACGAUUACUCGACUAGUGUCAACUACACUUCCUACGGGUAUGGGACGGUUUUCAGUUCCGGUGGGAACGCUGCGGCACCAACAGCGAACACACCUGUCUCAGUAGGCGCAGCGGCAGUAGCAGCAACAGCGCCUUCGCUCUAUGCCUCGGCGCUGAAUGCAGCCUCCAAGUCCUCUGGUGAAGUUACUCGCACGGCUGCACAGAGCUACACUUCCGCUGCCCCUGCUCAACUGCCACAAGCGUCCUCAUAUGGUUACGGUUCGGGUGGCUAUUACGGCGGAGCUCCCUCAGGUGCUACUAACUGGCCCUUCAGCACCAAUCCGUCCGUUGGGGGCAGCGGCUCGCAACCCCAUCAAGGUUCGAUGGGUAGCAGCGGCUCUUCCUACGGGUACAACCAACGUCAGUAA